AUGAAAGCCAUCGUCAAAGGAGAACUCGGCGAAGUCAGCUAUGUCACCGACCGACCUCUCCCCAAGCUCCGCCCAGGCUACAUCCUCAUCAAAACCUCCGCCGUGGCGCUGAAUCCCAUCGACUGGAUGAAAGUCGACUCCUUCCCAGCCCCAGGCACCCUCCUCGGCCACGACUACUCCGGCAUCGUCGAACAAGUCGGCCCCGAGGUCCAGAGACCGCUCAAGAAGGGAGAUCGUGUCUUCGGCUACACCAUCGGCGGCGACCGCCUUAACCCGGAGAACGGUGCGUUCGCGGAGUAUAUUCUGGGCAAGGCGGAGUUUGUGUAUAGGAUUCCUCAGGGGAUGGGGUUUGAGGAGGCUGCUGCGCUGCCGGCGGGCGUGCAGUCGGCGAAUAUGGCGCUUUGGUUGAAGUUGGGGUUGAGGGAGGAGAGGGAGAGGGUUGAGGUUGGGAGUAAAGGGCAGUUUGUGAUGGUCUAUGGCGGGAGCACUGCGACGGCCAGUAUGGCGAUUCAGAUGGCUGUGAGAUCUGGCUACACAGUCAUCAGCACCGCCUCCCCUCGCAACAUCGAAAGUGUCAAGGCUCUUGGUGCAACUCACGUCCUGGACUACAAUCGACCAGACUGUGCCGCCGCAAUAAACGAACUCACCGGGAACCAGCUUCGUCUAGUCCUCGACACAGUCGCCGUGCCUCAAUCAGCCAAGAUCUGCGCCGAAGCCAUGUCUUCAGAAGGCGGUCGAUACGUCGAGCUCCUACCAGUCCCGUUCCCUCGUAAGGAUGUCGAGGUCAUCUUCAUGGACGCUACCACCACCAUGGGUGAGUAUUAUGAGUAUGGUCCGGACAGGAUGCCGAUUCCGGUGGACGAGGAGGCUUUCAAAUUUGGGAAGGAGCAUGUUGAGAUCGCGGAGCGGCUACUACAGCAGGGCGAGAUUCAUGCUCAUCAGCUGGACUUUGGGAGUGGUGGGUUGAAAGGGGUGUUAGAUGGUUUGAAGCGUUUGAGGGAGGGCAGGGUCAGUGGGAAGAAGUUGGUGUAUCUGGUCGAAUAG